CGAUUUUAGCCGAUCGAGUUGGGACAAUGCUUAAACUAAGCAAAACUAAGAAAAAUUAAGCAAAGAUAACCAAAACCAGUUAGGAAACAAAUUAAACGGGCCAAUAAACUCCCAAUGUUUAGAAUUCGGCUGCCCAGUAUCAGUACACUGUAGUUCAGUUCGGACAAUAUCGUUUGUGCUGCGGGUGUGAUGGCUAAUUUUCAGUAUCAGAGAGAAGGACUCUAAUUGUUAACCGUUUUGUAGCUUGACGUUUAUAAUUAUUAGUUAUAUGUAUAUAUCAUAAUAAAACUAACAAGUUAAAAAGCGGCACUAUUUAGUUCAGUGAAUAUGGGAACAUGGUGUGUGUAAACGCGUUAAUUCUGUUAUUUUUAUUAGUAGGUACCUAUAGUUCUCGAAGAUGAAUAGUGACAAGAUUAGUGAAAAAAUGAACGAUUUGCUCACGUUCGUUGAUCUUCUCGUGAAACAAACGUGUCGUAGGGCCGCGUACGAUUAUCAGAUGCGGUCAAAACCGAUAAAGGAAGACAAAGCUAGUAUCUAUUCCCUGGAUUAUUUGAAGAAAGUACACGAUAAACCCCGUGAAAACAUCUACAAGUUGGUUAAGAACCCUCAAAAAACUCUUAAGGGGUUGAAGGUUGAUAAUGGUUUCAAUGGACAAAAAAAGGACAACAAGUUCACGAAAAUUGAACAGCGAAUGUUGCUUGAUUUCGUCGAGAAAGUUAAAGAUCAAGCUCCUCCAAGACAGCUGUUGUGGAUUGACCUGCAGCAUUACCUCUAUUAUGUUUAUAGGAAUUUCGCUUGUCCUAAUCCUGAUCCUUCAGCCGAAGUCUUGUCUACAUUUUUUAUUUGUGAAAUGAAGGAACUGGUGGAUAAUUUAAAAAAGGAAGAUGAGAGUCAAGUGUGGUUGAGGGUUUUCACAUUGCUGAGAGAAUAUUGUAUCUUUGCUCAGUGGCAUUACACCAAAAAUUGUGAGGAGCACGCUCUUUUAAAAUUUUUCUGCUAUUACGAAGCAAUGUUGACCGCGGCCAAAAAUCUGGUGCCAGUAUUCUCAGACUUCGAGCGUGAUGUCAUUUACAAGAGAUACAAAGUGUGCUGGGUUGACUUUAACACUUUUAUUUUCAUCCGAUUUUUCUAUGAAAGCGGGAGAGUGAAAACGAGACUUGCGGAGUGUGUUAAAACAAAAAAUGUCGCAGGGGAGGCUCCUCAGAUGUUUACUCUGUUUAGUGAAUUAAAAAAGUUGUGGACAGAGGAACAAAAUCGGAUAGGCUUAAUUAAUCAAGAGGGCAAAUUAGCGGAAAAUUCCCCUGAAUUUGGUAAAGAAAAAAAAGUAAUCGCGGCUCAUAAAAAAGUUUUGGCGGGAAAUUUUUGGGUGGAACGAACAAAAGAAGAGAAAAAGAAAAUUGACUUAAGUCGAUUGGAUCACAAUAUUUUCGAUUUGCUAAGAGAUCGGGAGUUCUUUCCUGAGGGACCUGGCCUGAACAAGAACGGCCAGUGCAUUUGUGAAGAGUGUUUAAUAUGUAAAUAUAAGUUGUUUUUAGACUGCCAGCCCGCGAAUGAUUUUAUCGCUAUUAGAAGUUCUGAAAGAACUACGGUUUGUCGUAAAUGCAAAACUAUGCUUAAAUUGGAAGUGUUUCAACGCCAUAUAAACAGUCACGUAAUGGAUAGUGAAUCACAAAGGCAGCCAAUUAAUAACAGACCAACAAAUUUGACGCGUAUAAUUGCAGAGAAAAUGGAUUUUGUCAAAAUGGGUGAUCGGUCAGUAAGCCUAAGUGAGAUGCUUAGCGAAAAAUUGCGAAUAAGCAAAUCUCAGAAUACAGAAGAGUGUUCCGAUAAAAUGGAAAUGGACACUACAAAACUAGCUUUUGAAAAAUUCCUUAGACAAACCCGAGAUAGUCCUACCAAUACCGAACAUUUAUUCAAUAAAAAUGGCAGGAAUGUCAUAAAAAUUAAAAAGGAUCUGUUGAACGGCAUUUCUAAGAAGGAACCGGAUAGCAUGAGAAAGGAUAAAUCAAAUUCCAUAACUUCAAAAUUGGAAAAAUUAACAGCGAACGGAUCCCAAGAAAUUCCCGUGUCGAUAAAUACGGAAAAAUUGGGCGAAACUGAACUUAGAAUAAGGGAUAUUCGAAGGAAUUGGCAUAAGCCUUAUCCAAUGAGCAGAAUAAGCAAAUGUACCGGCACUGACGAUGAUUCCCCGUCGGGAGUUUGUCCCGGUCACGUGGAACCGGACAAUGUGGAACAAAAGAAAUGCGAUUGUACAUAUUGCGAGGUAUUUGGGGCAGUAAGUUUGGUUCACAAAUAUGCGGAACUCAGAGAUAGAUUGCGGCUAAGACUGAACCAGAGAAGGGAGAAAAAAUCAGUAGAGAGUCAGCAAAAUUUGGUCUCGAACGGCGGUAACGCGAAAGUUAAUAAAACUGAAUCCAGGGUUUCAGCAACAGCUUCACCGACGAAUAUGCCGUCGUCGAUUUCGGUUUCGUCAGAACCGUCGGUUGGCGUCAAAGAAAUUUCCGAUAUUCAUGGUUUGGUGAAUUAUAUAGAGGGCAAUUCCGCUAUCAAUAAAAUCGAACUAGCUAAAAAGAAAGCGGCUAAAAAAGCUCGGCAACGCGAAAGAAGGGAGCAAGAGAGAAUCCAGGCCGAGCUGGACGCGAAAAGAAAAGCAGAAGAGAAAGAACACAGGAAAAAGGAGCAAGAAAGGAAACAAGAAGAAUUAAAACUGUUGGAAGCGCAAACCAAAAAGAAACUCAAGAAACAAAGGCAACAGUUGAAGAAGUUGGAAAAUGAGAGACUUAAAAAUAUUGUUGAGGAGACCAUACCGGCCAUGGUUACAAUUAAAAGGGUGUCCAACACGGAAAAUGGCACACCUGCAGUUACAAUAACGCUGAAAGGGUACACGCCGGAUCAAGAUAAACUGUUGUAUACCCUUGUGGAGGAUCCAAAAGAUGAGGGAAAGGAUACUAAAAUUGAACCGGUUGUAAGCAAAGAGUUGAAUAAAGCAAAGAAAAAAAUUAAAAAUAAACCUCUUCAAGUUCAAGAGAAGGAGCCCAAAGUUGUAGCAAAAGAAGUGAAAGUAAUGUUGGCUGUGGAUAAAAAUUCUUCGAAAGCAUUUCCAGAUACUGCGUCUGAUAAUACAUGCAAAAAACCCAUCGCAAAGGUUGUUAAUAGAGAAGUGUUGCCGACUGAAGAUGAAAUGAGAGCGCUAGGUAAUCUUAGAUUACCUCCUGGAAUUACCAUAACUAAAGUGGAAGGUCCUUUGUCUAAUCGAAAUCGUGUUGGAUCUGAUGCAAGCAAAGCGAGCUCUAUUGUAGGUAAAUCUGGGGUAAUUGUUGUAGAUACUGAGAAGCUUAUUCAUAAUAACGACGGUGGAGCUGAGUCCGUUAAAGUCUCCAAAUCAAGUAAAAAGAAGAGGAAAAAUAAAAAGAAUAUGGAGAUGACUAUUAUAAACAAACCAAUCGCUAACCAACCUAAAAUGGUUACUUUGAAGAAUCCCCUUUUCCAACAGUAUCAAAAUGCUAAACCUUUGGAUAAUAUAGACAACUCAGCGCCUGCGUCUAUAUUUACUAGCGAAAAUGGUAUGGUCACAAUUCGCAGUUCAAGACUACAGCAAUCGUUAAAUAAUGACGCUAAACAGUCGAAUGCCAUGAAACUCCCUAUGCCAAUUCUUUCUAAUAUGAUGCCCGAAAUUCCAAACUUGAUUAAUCCUAAUAAAUUCACUCCAGGUAAUUGUAUAAACGUAACUGACGACGGCAGGCAAACUCCACUAAAUGCUCAAGAAAUUCUCUCUGGUUUGCCUGGUAUUGAAAUAACUAAGGUUGACAAAAAAUUAGAACCAGUAGUGUUAGAGGAUAAAGGAUCUUAUCCUGACGCUCAGGUCUCUAUCAUUCCUUCGCCUGGUAAUGGCAAAGAUUCAGAAUUUGGUAAAGAUGAUGAUGAUUGGUUAUAUGAUAAUGUUUUUAAACCACGGGACGUAUUAGAAGACGAUAUGGACGACGAAGAGUUGGAAUUAGAAGCAUUCAAACGUUUUUGUCAACAAUCUGUCCCCCCGAAAUGUAAAGAAAAAGUUGCUCAUUUAAAUGUUGCUGACAUUGUUUUAAAGAAAAAAACUUGUUAAUGGUUUACCAAGACCAUUAUGCCAAUUGUUUCACUUAGUGUUAUUUAAGAUGUGAUAAUUUAUUUUAAAAAAUAAUAAUUUGUAAUAUGUUUCGUGAAAUAGAAUUUGCAACAUUGGUUGUUAAGUUUUUAUG